AUGCAUGCACCUAGAGCUUCUCAUUUGACUGCUGCUCAUCGGGUUCUUCGCUAUCUCAAGGGCACUUCAGGUCAUGGCAUUUUCUUUGCAGCCUCCAGUGGUCUUCAGCUCACUGCCUACAUAGAUUCAGACUGGGCCAGUUGCCCAACCACUCGUCGUUCUACUACUGGCUACUUCAUCCAACUCGGGACCAAUCCCAUUUCUUGGCGCACCAAGAAACAGACAAUAGUAGCUCACUCCUCAGCUAAGGCCGAAUAUCGAGCCAUAGCCGUAACCACAUGUGAGCUUAUCUGGCUCAAAACCUUACUUGCUGAUCUCUGUAUAUCUCACUCGCUUGCUAUUAAUCUUUUUUGUAACAAUCAAUCAGCAUUACGUAUUGCUUGGAAUACAAUUGCAGAUAUCUUUACCAAGGCAUUGGGACAUGAUUUGUUUCAUCGCUUCUAUCGCAAGUUGGGCAUCACAGAUCUUCAUGCGCCAACUUGA